AAUCAUAUAUCUCAUGAGGCAAUAAUUUAAAAAUAUAUAAAGAAUAAUUAAAACUCAACAACAAAAUUACAACCUGAUUGAAAUAUAAAGCAAGGACUGAGGCUCGCGCCGCAGGCCCCGGUGGGGUGAGAGGGUCGGGCGGAGGGGAGGCUGCGUGCCGGGGCCGCGGAAACGAGCGCCCCACGGAGCUACUGCGGCCAGACCAGCCCCGGGUCCCCAUCUCCACCCCGCUGCGCUCUCGGUGACGAGAACUACAGCUCCGGGUAUGCCGUGGACUUGAUGGCUGAGGCACUGAAGUGGGAUUGGGCCCUCCUCUGGCCACCCCGGUCUCCACACCAGUCACAGCUGCUUUCCUGGCCGUGCGCAGAGCGAGGCCGGGACUCGAGCCAUGGAGAAGAUGUCACCCCCGCUGCUGGGCUGCAACAAGCCGCACCUGGAGAAGCUGACCCUGGGCAUCACCCACGGCCUAGAAUCUUCCCCAGGUGUGACAGAGGUGACCACCUUAGAAACGGCGCCUGCUGAACGUCAUAUGAUUUCUUCAUGGGAACAAAAGAAUAACUGUAAAAUGCCUGAGGAUUUCAAGACCUUUUACCUGAUGACCAGUGGCUUCCACAUGACAUGGAGUGUGAAGCCAGAUGAGCACACCAUUCCACUGGGCAACAUGGCAAUUAACAGCAUCUCAAAAGUGACUCAACUCAACCAGUCUUCCAUGUAUUCACUUCCUAAUGCACCAACUCUGCCAGACCUGGAGGAUGAUACACAUGAAGCAUUAGCACAAGACACUGAGAUCUGGUUCCUGGACAGAGCAUUAUACUGGUAUUUUGUCACAGACACCUUUACUGCCUAUUAUCACCUGCUCAUCACCCACCUGGGCCUGCCCCAGCGGCAGUAUGCCUUCACCAGCUAUGGCAUUAGCCCACAGGCCAAGCAAUGAUUCAGCAUGUAUAAACCCAUCACCUACAAUACAAACCUGCUCACAGAAGAGACCCACUCGUUUGUGAACAAGCUGGAUCCCAGCAAAGUGUUUAAGAGCAAGAACAAGAUCUUAAUCCCAAAAAAGAAAGGGCCUGUGCAGCCUCAGGUCUCCCCGCUCACUCUACUUCUAAAUCAUCUUCUGGCUCUGGAAACCCUGUCCAGAAGUGAACACCUCCAGCUUUUCACCAGCUCCACAGCAGCAGUUCCCAUGCACAGAUGGCCCCAACCUCUGAUUCUGUAUAUGGAACCACAGGCUUCUUCCCAUCUCAGUGGCCAAAAUCCUAGGCCUUUGCUCCCCCUGACAUUAUCCAGGAGUUGCAAGGGCAUACUGAGGUCUCCCCAAGACUUCCUCCCACAACUAGGUGAUACUGUCCCAUCUCCAGAAGCAAUGGAGAAUUGUGGAUCUUGUUUAAGUGGCCAGGUGGAUCUGCUGAGAACUUUCCUCUGUUUCUAUACCCAACCCUCAAUCCCUUAACAGUGAUUAGAUAAGUCCCCCCCACCAAAGAAACCACUGAUUUUGACCCAUGAGGCAUUAGAACUUUGCUGUUCAACCAGAAGCCACUAGUUGCAUGUGGCUAUUUAAAUUAUAUGAAAAUUCAUUUCCUCAAUUGCAUUGGCUACAUUUCAAUUAUUCAUGUUGUUAGUGGAUUCUGUAUUAGCACAAAGAUAUGGAACAUUUCCAUUAUGACAGAAAGUUCUACUGGAGAGCCUGAAUUAGAAUAUCUUCAUACUGUUCUUCCUCUGAUCAAUUUUUGUUGUUGGGUCAUAAUGUUCCAUGAAAAUUCUUGAAGAUAACAAGUGUACAUUCUUUAUAUCCUUUACUAUAAACAUAUCUCGCU